CAUAAAAUAAAUAAAGAUAUGCAAGAUUACACAGACAAAAUAGACAGUAUAACACAAGAAAUUAAAAGACAUUCGGAUCUGAUGGCUGCCCUACACGAAGAGUGUAAUAAAAUCUUGUGUAAAACAUCAACUCAUUUAGAAAAGCAAAAUGUAUUGUGCAAACUCCUACAACAAAGAUUGAUGCCCAUUGACAAACUAAUUCAAAUCUUUAACCAGAAGUUGGAACCUAGGGUAGAAAAAAUUACGAAGCUUGAAACUAUUGAAGCUACUAUUUCAGGGUUGUCCAAAGAUUUGAAUCUAUUAGAGUCACGUGUAUGUAACAGAUAUGCUUGUCAUGUGACGCUUGAUUCCACACAUGUCAGUGCUGGAUCAACUAUUUCAACAUUUAAAGAAGUACGUGAAUAUAACGGUCAACAUUUUAAUCAAACAACAGGAAAAUUUGUAUCACCACAUGAUGGUUUAUAUCUUGUUUGUGUCUGUCUACAUGAAUGGGAAGAUAAAGAGAUUAGAGUUGCUGUGAUGGCUGGAGACGAGUGGUGUAUGUCUAUAGAAGUGAAAUGUGCCGACACAAGCGCUGCUGGGUCAGUGGUUGUUGAAUUAAAGAAAGGUCAAGAACUUUACCUUGAAGUGUAUCUCGCAGAACAAGGCGCAAAUUUAACCGGCUUGAGUAGUUUUACUAUUGUUAGUUUAUAGAAGCACAACACGAAACAUGGUGGAUGGUAAAUUCUCAAAACAAUAAAAUAUAUAACCGCCAUGUUAAACACAAUCUAACCACUUACUAUAUGUGUAGACUACAUGUCUACAAAAAUGUGAAUGGCUUAUCUGUUGUUUUUUAAUUAUUACUAUGUGUAUAGACUACAUGUCUACACAAAUGUGAAUGGUUUAUAUGUUGGUUUUUAAUUACUAUGUGUGUAGACUACAUGUCUACAUAAACUAUAUGGUUUAUGUAUUAUUUGUUUAGUCAUCAUUACACAGUUCCAACUAAUUCAUUGUGAUCACCAAUUUAAAUGUUACACUUGACUCCAAGAACAUAAAUGAUAACUCUAUUUUUACAUAUCUUUGGUUUUU